AUGGAUUCGGUGGCUCUUGAUGGUGUAAUAAACCGGUUGCUUGAGGUUAAAGGGCGGCCGGGAAAGCAGGUGCAGCUCUCUGAGUCGGAGAUCAGACAGCUCUGUGUGCAGUCCAAAGAGAUUUUCUUGCAGCAGCCUAAUCUUCUUGAGCUCGAAGCACCCAUUAAGAUCUGUGGGGAUAUUCAUGGUCAAUAUUCGGAUCUCCUUAGACUUUUCGAGUACGGCGGGUUACCCCCGAAAUCCAACUACCUAUUCUUGGGGGACUAUGUCGAUCGAGGCAAGCAGAGCCUAGAAACAAUCUGCCUUCUGCUCGCCUACAAAAUUAAAUACCCUGAAAACUUCUUUUUACUGAGGGGCAACCACGAAUGUGCCUCGGUCAAUCGUAUAUAUGGUUUCUAUGAUGAGUGCAAGAGGAGGUUCAAUGUGAGGAUCUGGAAAGUUUUCACCGACUGUUUCAACUGUUUGCCUGUUGCUGCUCUAAUUGACGAGAAGAUUUUGUGCAUGCAUGGUGGGCUCUCGCCCGACCUUCAAGAUUUGGACCAGAUUCGGAAUUUACAGCGUCCAACUGACGUACCCGAAACGGGCUUAUUGUGUGAUUUACUUUGGUCAGACCCUAGUAAAGAUGUGAGGGGGUGGGGGAUGAAUGACAGAGGCGUGUCUUACACAUUUGGCCCUGAUAAGGUGGCCGAGUUUCUCGAGAAGCACGACCUUGACCUCAUCUGCCGUGCUCACCAGGUUGUUGAGGAUGGAUAUGAGUUUUUUGCUGAUAGGCAGCUCGUGACAAUAUUUUCUGCCCCGAAUUACUGUGGGGAGUUUGAUAAUGCAGGGGCCAUGAUGAGUGUAGACGAAACCUUGAUGUGCUCUUUCCAAAUUCUAAAGCCCGCUGAAAAGAAGCCCAAAUUUGGAUUUGGUAGUACAACUACUACUACUACUACUACUACUACUACUAAUACUACUAAGCCAGGGACUCCUCAAGCAAAAGCAAAGACAUUUCUUGGUGCAAAAAUAGGAUGA